UCUUUACAUGACUAGCCAAAGUACACACAUAAUAUAUGAAGUCACCCAAAAUAUUAUACAACAUCAAUUAUUGUGCAAAUAUAAAACUGAUCCCUAGCAAAUGUUGACUAGUAUAGUUUGGGGCUGGACCACAGUCAGCACUAACUAUGUUUUAAUUUGUAUAUUGCCAGAAUAAACAGAGUGUGAGUACUGUUUUCUCCUCCAAUCACAACAUUGUGUCCUGCGGGUCCAUUCUACAUCACACCAGUAAGAAACACAACGCAGAGACCAUACCACCGGUCACACAAUUAUAUUUUGCCAGAAGCUUUUCCAAAAAAAGGGUUGGGUUUUUUUUGGCCCCUGAGGCCAAAUGGCCCUGAGUUGGAGGUGGAUGUUAUCAACUUGCGACGGCCAAUGUAUGAGAAAACAGGAAAGAACAGUGAAAAACAGGCAGCAAAAAACAUCCUGAGUGCUGGAUGUUUGGCUCCCAGCCUAAAGGGGAUGGUUCAAGAACCACCAGUAAACCUGCACCACCACAAUCCAGGGUUGGGUUUCACUGAGUUUACCCAGCAGCUUCUUACUGGAAGAACAGAUUCAUUUAGUGUAAAUAACUUCGUAACAAUGCAGACCAACUGGUCUGAUCUACAUUCUGACCUCAUUAAAACAGGAGGAAGAUUUCCAGCACAGAUUUUGCAACCUCGUGUGUCUUGCGUAAACCGGUGGAUUGGACUGUUCCAGGUCAGUGAUGAAUGUUUACAGAAUUAGAAAAGACGGCUGUGCACCACUGCAGCUCAUGACAGUAACUGAAUGUGGUCCACAGAGAGCUGGUAAAGACCCAAAAACCAUCCAGUCCACCUCUAAUAUAUGCAUCUGAAAUCCAGACAUUUGAAGAUUCAAUACGAAGGGGAUGAAGAGAACGGAAAAGGGACUAAAGCUGCCAGUCCUGAUCCCAGUUUGGGGACAGUUCGAUCGUCAAGACAAGAUUUUGACGACUUCUAAAUUGUUAAUGCGGUGAACGAUGAAAAAAAACUGACGCUACAUCCAGAGUGGAUGAAUUUUGUCCAGCGACCUCAGGGGACGCCGCGAGGUCAUAAAUGGUAUUUACUGUGAGGGGACAGACAGCUGAGAUGGCAUCAGAUGUCCAAAGUACAAGUACAAAUGUAAACCCUAGUAGUAUGAAUGUCCCAGUUUAAAGAAAGAACAAUGUGCUCUUUCACCCGUUUGUUGGUGAUAUUGAUCAUUAAAGUCACAUCAUAUUAGUUUCAUAGUGGUAGGAUGUCAGAUUAGAGCAGAUCAGAUGGGAUCAAUGAUCUAUUGUUACUGAGUUUCAGUGUUUGUUCCAAUAAAGCAGCACCUGCUUCUUGGAAAUGUCCACAUGAAUGGACUGGAUUCUGAUUGGUCGGACCAGUGUUACAUCACCAGUGCUUCUGCAGAUAUAAGUGGUGAUGUUUUGAGGUUGUGAAGCGUCUUCAGGUGGAGUCCAGAGCAUCGCACACGUCGGGAUUUGCAUCAGAAAUCUAACAAUGAAGCUGGUUCCAGUGGUCUUCAUCCUCCUGGCCCCAGUGUUGACCUGCUGCAAAGACCUGGUCCAACCAGUGGACUGCAGUGACAUCCAUCAGCAGGACAAAAGUCUGCACAGUGGAGUGUACACCAUCUACCCCCUGGGGGAAAGAUCUGCUGUCCAGGUUUACUGUGACAUGGACACAGAUGGAGGAGGGUGGACGGUGUUCCAGAGGAGGAUGGAUGGAUCUGUGAACUUCUACAGGCCCUGGGAUCAGUACAAGAUAGGAUUUGGUGACGCUGCUGGAGAGCACUGGCUCGGUCUCGACGUCCUCCACUACCUGACACGACGACAACCACAUCAGGUGUUGGUUGAAAUGGAAGACUUUACGGGACAAAAAGUGUCGGCUGGUUACUCCCAGUUCUCUGUUGCUAGUGAAUGUCAUGGAUAUAAACUCAGCGUGUCUGGAUUCACUAAUGGAGGAGCAGGAGAUGGUCUGCGUCGCCACAAUGGAAUGAAGUUCUCCACUUUUGACAAAGACCAGGAUGUUUGGACCAAUAACUGUGCCAAAAGCUUCCUUGGAGCAUUUUGGUAUGACAAGUGUCACUCUGCGAACCCCAAUGGGGUUUAUCGCUGGGGGGCUGAUGGUACUAUCUAUGCUGCUGGAGUAGAGUGGAAGCUAUGGAAAGGUCAUAACUACUCCCUGAAGGCCAUCAGUAUGAAGAUCCGUCCUGUGCUGUAGACGACCAGGAUGAUUUCACAGCAGAUAUCAGCAGUUUCUUUAAUCUGUCAAAACCAACAGAUGCAUAGAGUCUGAUUAAAUGUUCAAAUGAUCCUG